CUUUGCUCGGGGGUGGUCCUUAAUAGUUAUUAGUUUCUACAGCAACCGUUUACUGUAUGUAUGAAAUACUCCAAUGAAAUAUACUUACUCUUUGCUAUUUUAUAAUUAUUUUUUCUUGUGUUUACGAAUAUCAUUUUUAAAACUUUACAUAAGUGUUGUGGAGUAAUUUUUUUCUCGUUUUUGUACUAAUUUAUUUCAUACAAUAUCAUGGCUAUACGGAACCCGAGAUUACCUCUUUUGCCUGGCUAUGGCGGAAAUCCUUUGUUGGGCAAAAAGAGUUUUGGCGUCCGACCAGUCUUUACAUCCAUCGACAAGGUGAAUAUGCUGGUAGACAAAGCGGAGGGAGUGAAUCGAGUACCUUCUUUGUACUGUAGGAAGCAGGCACCGGAUCUACCCACAUGGAUAAUGUAUGACAAACAUAUUUUGCAUUUCCAAGGAUAUUUUCAACAAUCGCUUCACGAAAUGCGUUCAGCUUCCCACAUUUUACGUAAAGUAGAGAUAUUCUUUUUCCUUGAAGAUGGCACUAUUAAAGUAAUGGAACCAAGGACGGAGAAUAGCGGUUUGUCGCAAGGAACUAUGAUAAGCCGUCAAAGAAUUCGUCUGCCGUUUAGCUACGAUCUUUAUUACGAUGUACUUGAUCUUAAUAUUGGGCGUGAAGUGACGUUCUUCGGUAAAGUUUUCAAGAUCGUGAACUGUGACAAUUUUACAAGAGUUUUUCUGAAUCGGCUUGGGAUCAAUGUUCCGGACCCUAUUCCGUGGCCGGAUGCUUUGGAGAGAGCCCCGCCGGCUGGUAAACCCCCUAAACAUAGGCCUUUCAGACAGUUUUUGGAUUUUGACAGGCAGGUUCUGCGGUUUUAUGGCUAUUGGGAUGACCGUGAUUCUGAGUUCGGCGUUAUACAUAACCUUGAGAUACAUUACUUCCUUGGAGAUGAUACUAUUGAGAUCAAGGAAACUAUGUCUGCUAAUUCUGGAGUCGAAGCGGCACCAAUGUUUUUGAAGAGAAUGCGUUUGCCUCGGAAAAUACCGUCUUACGUAGAAAUGACUGGCGGUCCAAAAGUGGCGUCGUAUACUCCAGCGGAUCUGAGCAUUGGCGCAGUCUUGAACGUUUAUGGACGUAAAGUUGUUCUCAUUGACUGCGAUCCAUUCACGAAGGAAUAUUACCGAGUUACUUAUGGGUUUGACACAUUUACUCCGCUGCCUAUUCCUAAAGACGAAGGCACAGAAAGUAUAAGCGCAAACAUAGCUGACCGUCAGUUACCUCCGUGGAACGGGUAUGGUUCGUAUGAAGAUUCCGCUGAGAACUGUCGGACGGUGGAACCAAAAGCGCCGCACCGUGACUUCAUCAAGUUCCUUAACAAGGACAGAGUUGGUUUUGAUUCUCACGUGUUGCGGUUUGCUGCUCGCCUUAUUAACGAUAAUCCUGAGGACUCGCGACGUUACUUCAUCAUAAAAUAUUUUCUAUGCGAUGAUACUAUUGGCAUAUUUGAACUCGGUGAGCGAAAUUCAGGAUUCAAGGGUGGCAAGUUCUUCCGUCGAGAUAAAAUGUAUCUUCCAGAUGUUAACUUCUUUGUUCCCAAAGAGCCUCCCUCUUACACGGAUAAAGACAUGUGGGUGGGGAACGAGUUGGUUAUAAACAAACAUCGCUUCCGACUGGUGGCGGCUGACGAGUAUGCCUUGAGAUAUCUGGAGUUGCACAGUGAACAGUAUCCAAUGGCAAAUAUAGCGUUAAUUAUGGAUAAGAUAAGAAGGACUCUAGCCUCACAAGAAAACGGAUACAAAAACUUUGUUGCUAAAUACAUGCAUGCGGUGUUACCCGAUAAAAAAGAACUCAUGUCUGUGAAAUGUUUUAAGCAAGCACUGAAAGAGAUAAUGUGCGAAAAGAUGGCGGAACAUGAGUUUUUGACUAUUAUUCGAUACUUUCGCGGUGACACAGGAAUUGAAAAGAGUCCACGGCGUGAAAUGAUAAGGUCAUUGGUAUUCACGGAGUUGACUCGUGGUCUGUGGGACGACCGCGCGCGCCUGCGCGAAGGCUUGUUACACGCUGAUGACGCGGGCUCAGGAGUGCUGCCCAUGGAGCGGCUGAGACAAGUACUGCGAGCCCAUCGGCUACCACUCAACCCGGAUCUCAUGGAAUGUAUGCUACAAGUUUUGCAAAAAGAUGACAAAUGCAAUAUCGCCUAUGAAGAUCUUCUGUUUUUCUUGGACUUCCAAACUCGGCCAGUGUUCAAUUUGAUCGAAGAUGACUUGCAAAAAGUUGUGCGACAUGCACCACCAGUGAAGAAUACUGAGUGCAAGCUGUGGGCCGAGGCAGAAACCUUAAUACACGAAGGCUAUGUGAAUUGGAACGCGUUCCUUUGCCAGUUGAAUCUUGAUCAUUUGGUCAAAGAUCAAUCUUAAUGACGUUGAACCUUGGAGAAAUAAGUACAUGGACAAUGUGGAAUGAUAAUUAAAUUUAUUGUAAUUUUUAAGAAUUGAUUUUUUUGUGUUUCGAUUGUUUGAUUUGGUGUUGUUUUGUAUCAAAUCUGUUGAUAUGUAGAUUAGUGUAUGUGUCAUAGGUUUCGAUGAAUAAUAAAUAACAUUAAAAUU